UGGCAUGUGGAGCCCCGAGUACACAACGUCGACGAUCAACGGCUUGCCGACGUGUUCGACCAACGACUGGGUUGUCUCGGGCGCUACGUACGACGGUGUGUCGGCCUGCUCGAAUGUCAAGUCGACCAAGAUCUCCGUCAACCCGUUCCGUUGCGUGCAGUACAACGCGGCCAAGAGCAGCCGAGACAUCUACGACUGCGGUGCCUGCUUUUACGGCUGGAAGUUUGCUUCGAACGGGGACGUUGUCUCGUACGAGAGCGCGUCCAGAGCCGCGGGCAUCCGCUUGAAGGCGUUCUUUGUGCCGCAAAUUAUCAAGAGCCUCGGCGACAUGCGAUCAUGCUUGAUGACCAACGAUGCAAAGCUCGCGUUGCUCUGCGACUUUAUUGAACGCGACAGCCUGGCGCCGGGCGCCAAGGCGACGUGCGUCCAGAAAAACCGCGUCCGGUACCCGUUUGCGAAGCCGCUUACCGACGCCGCGCCGUGCGCCGCGUAUGCCGUCAAGAACAACCAAGUGGUCUGCACGAAGUGAGCACGUUCGACAUGCGUGGAAGCGUCAAAGCACUCUAUCCUUGGGUGUCCUUAUCGUAGUUGGAAUCAAUCCUUUCGCAUCCA